AUGCCGGCUACUUCCCUCCGCUUCCCGUACCCUGAUACAGCGUACGAGCCGGCCUGGUUCACUCCGACGGCUCGAGUCAACUUCUGCGAGGAGAACUAUCUCGUGACGCCGUACAUUGCCGAGUUCGUCAAUACCAUCACCAACAUUUCCUAUGUCAUCUACGCAUACUACGGCGUCCGCCGCCUCUUCCGCGCCAACAACCCCCACGCCGCCCUCCUCAGCCUCCCGUACCUCGGCCUCGCCGCGGUGGGCAUACUGUCCGCCGUCUUCCACGCGACCUUGACGUAUGCCGGCCAGAUGGCCGACGACACGUCCAUGAUCCUCGCCACCGCCCUGGUCCUCCACCGCGCCUUCGCGCACGGCCGCUCCGCCGAGUGGACGCGCAACACGGGCGUCGGCCUCGCGCUGGGGUUCGUCGUCUUCGCCGCGUAUCACGCGUGGACGGACGAGCUGCUGGUGCAUUUCCUGCUGUUCGCGGGCAUGACGGCCGCGGUGGGCGUGAGGACGAGCGGGCUGAUCGGGGAGAGGGAGCGGGGGAAAUACGGUGGUGGGAGGGAGCGGGUGGGGAGGUUGAAGGCGUUGGCUUGGGUGGGGUUUGUCUGCUCGGCGGUCGGAUACGCGCUGUGGAACGUCGACAUGCAUCUCUGCGACCCCCUGGUCAGCGUGCGGAGAAUGGUCGGCUUGCCUGCAGGCGUCUUGCUCGAGUUGCAUGGCUGGUGGCACAUCCUGACGGCCAUCGGUGCGUAUGUGUUCAUGGCCCUGGUGGAGGUGUUGACGACCGAGGAGGGAGGGGAGCGCGAGCCGGCGCCCUUCGCGUGGCCGGUGGAUGCGUAUCUGAGGGAUGUUUCCGGCGAGAAGAAGCGGAGCUGA